UAAUUACAUUACUGCAUGUGUACAAAUCAGACAAUUUGAAUAUGUUUUAAUUCGUGAGCAGAAGAAGUGCUGAUGAAUACCUCACCACUCCUGAUUAAAAUGCUCUUUCCUUCACAUGACCUGGAAACAAUUUCAAGAUGUUAAAAAGAGAGAGAGCAGACAAGAAGAGCAGGUUCAACUGAAGUAUUUCUUUAAAUCAACAAUAGCUGAAUUUUAGUUCACUUCAAAAGAACAUGAAAAGAAAGAACUCUCUGAGCCUUAUGUGGUACUUUUCCCCCAAACAUGCAUUGAGUAGAUUUAUUGAGUUGAGCUUUUUCUCAGGGUGCAGGCUGAGCUGUGCCUUUCACAUUAUACAUUAACAUGGCUGACUUAACUCCCAAAGCCUUAUUAGUUCAUCAGCCUUGGAGUUUUCCCAUACACUGACCCAUGACUUAGAACAAUGCUGUGCUCAGCUAUACAUCAAUGUAGAUAUUGUUAAAUUUACAACCAGUGAGUACAAGCUGAGCUAUAAAAAUCAGUAAGCGUUUGCUGAUUUUCUUGCUGUAAAAUCCAGCUUUUACACUGGAUACAAGCAUUUUUCUUUAAAUUACCACAGGAUAUUAAAUACUUCCUCGGUUAUUUCCUUUGUUUAUAAAAUUCUUUCAGGAGUUUCAGAUUCCCUUCGGGUAUUUCAUUUCAGAAAUGAAAACUGAGGACAUGAAAAUCAGAAAAUGAAACUUAACCCUUGUCACUUUGCUUUCAGUUUCCACAUCAUAUAAAAGCCUUCCGUGUGCUAUUAUGUCCCGGACACAGAAGGAGCUGAGAGGUGAGUGUUUGCACAUCCUUUCCGUAUAGACAUUUAUAGUAAAAUUAAUAAAAGUACAGAUGUUGUUAUGAAUGUAAUGUCUGUGAAGGUUCUCAGUCAUCCAGGUCAUCGUAGUCUUUACUUUUGCUUUUCAAGCAACUUAAAGAAGUCCAGACGCUUUUCUUUCCAAGCUCCUUGGAUUAUGAAUGUAAUGUAAUUCAGCUUUAGGUCUGACUUGGGCAUUUUUUUGGACACCACUAAAUGAGCCUUUUCAGGUCAGAUAUGAAAACGAGUGAAGAUGGAGUAAAAUGAGGUAUGCUGAUGACUAGUAUAACCUCACUAAUCUGAUUUGUUCAGUGUGGUUGACUCUGGAGCCAGUGUGGGAAAAUAUUUCUGGAAGACCUGAGGGAGCCACACAGUCGCUCAUUAAAAUGACCUUGUGUGCAAUUUCACACAUGCCAUGCGUCCGGGUUUUUCAGAAAGCCUUAUUUCAUACGGAGAGUCACAGGGUUGAUAGGUUAGCUCUGCGAGGGUCUGUGGGUCAUUCCUCCUCAGUCAUGAAUAGGCUCAUGACAACUUACGAGACACUACCUUUGACAGAGGUUUCCAUUUCCUCUCACGGUGUGAAAAAGAAGCCCAGACUGUGGAGUUCCAUCGUCGAGAUGACGUCUCACAUGGCACUGUGCAAACUCUUUCCUCUGGUUCUAGUGGCGGUUUUGGUGCUCACUGUGAAUGGGAUAAUAGGAGAUCCCCUGUUUGAGUGCCUCAAAGACACAGACUACAGCGAGCUUCUUGACAUCGUGGAGAAAGGUCUUCCUGCUGCAAAGACGCCUCGACACGUAGCAAUCGUUGGCGGGGGCAUCGCUGGACUGACGGCUGCCAAGUUUCUAGAAGAUGCUGGACAUAAGGUGACCAUAAUCGAGGCCAGUAAUCGUAUCGGAGGACGUGUGGAGACCUUCAGGAACAGAAGAGAGGGCUGGUACGCAGAACUGGGGGCCAUGAGGAUCCCGAGCUUUCAUAAGAUUUUGCUUUCUUUUGCGUCCAAAUUACAAAUACCUAUGAACCGCUUCAUCCAAGAUGACAUCAACACCUACUACUUGGUAAAUGGAGUGCUACAUAAAACCUAUACAGUUGAAAACAACCCCAGCGUGCUCAACUACAGCUUGUCUGAUAGGGAGAGGGGGAAAACGGCCGCUCAGCUCUUCAGCCAGGCGCUGUGGAAGGUGAGAGAUGAUGUGAAGGCAAUCGGCUGUAGUGCCACAUUGGAUAAAUAUGACUCCUACACAGUGAAGGAGUAUCUGGUGAAGGAGGGCAAUCUGAGUCGUGGAGCCCUGAGGAUGAUUGGGGACAUCCUAAAUGAAAACAGCCUCUUCUACACAUCACUGAUCGAGAUGAUGUACAUGCAGUCAGACAUCAGUGACAACGUCGAGUACUUUGAGGUGACUGAUGGCUUUGAACACCUCCCCAGAGCUUUCUACCAGGUCUUAAAUGCCACCAUCCUCCUCAACUCCAAGGUCAAGCUCAUAAACCAGACAGGUGGUAGAAAUGUGACCAUCACCUAUCAGGACCAGCACAACUCAGGUUCCCUGACUAACCUAACGGUGGACUACACCCUGGUCACUGCCACAGCCAAGGCCACCCUGUUCAUUGACUUCCAGCCCCCUCUCUCUGGGGACAAGAUGGAGGCCCUGCGCUCAGUUCAUUACACCAGCUCCACCAAGGUGGUGCUUAGUUUCAAGGAGCGCUUCUGGGAUAAAGAGGGCAUCAGAGGAGGGAAGAGCAUCACAGACCGGCCCGCUCGCUUCAUCUACUACCCCAGCCACACCUUCCCCGGGACAUCCGCAGGUGCACUGCUGGCAUCCUACACCUGCUCUGAUGACUCCGCCCUCUUCCAGGGCAUGAAUGAUGGGGAGCUGAUGGCUGUGGUCCUGGAGGACUUGGUGAAGAUCCACGGAGAGUAUAUCAGGCCUCUGUGGACAGGGGGGCUGGUGAAGAAGUGGGGCUUGGAUCCUUAUAGUCUGGGAGCCUUUGUCCUGUUCACACCUUACCAGCAGGGGCACUAUGCCAGAGAACUGUUCCAGAGUGAGGGACGGGUACACUUUGCAGGGGAGCACACAGCCACACCUCACGGAUGGAUCGAAACGUCCAUCAAGUCUGCACUCAGGGCAGCUAAAAAUGUUAACAGUCUUACACUGUAGUGUCUCAUGCAGCAAACAUUUUUUCCAUGUUCACUCCUUUAGGGUUUGUCUGAUAUCAUGAACACAGUUCCAGCUCAGCCCUGUCGGCUCCUCGAACCCCGAAGGGAACCGAAAAAGCCUCUGGAGAUCUACCUUUGGCGGCCUGUACCCUUAGAGGGAUAACAGGCAGUAGUAGUAGUAUAAGUCACUCCAGUGUGAUGUAUAUUUUCUGUUAUGAAUGUAUUGUUGAUGUACAUCUAUUAAUUGAUAGACAAAAGGUUUGUCUGUUACAGGCACUUUUAUCAGAUUUGCAGGGCUUCGCUCUUAAAGUUCGUCCUGUGUCUAAAUACCAAGUUUCAGUUGGAUUAAGUGCAGAAAUCUUUAUAUUUGUGAGAUUCUAUGUUACAUGACGUUGAAACUUGUUUGCAGGAAAAGUGGAUGAACAAUUGACAGAGCCCGAGCUGUGAUUCAUUUCAUUUAUGUUUUAUUUAAUUUUAGCUACGUGGUACUUCAGUGACUUCAUUUUGCACGUAUGUUGAACCACAAAGUAAAUCUCUGGAUUUUCCCUGUCAGCGUAUGACUCGAAGUAAAAUGAUGCAAGCAUCCAUGAAAAAACGACAGGUUCAUAUUUAAUGUGGUGGAACACUAACAGACUAGUUCCUGGCAGUGGUACAAAAACAUCUGCCUGUUUGCAGGCACAUUACUGUGAUGAGCUCUCUGCAGUUAGCUUUUUAACAUGUGCAUGGAGCUGCAGGUCACACAACAUAUAAUUAAUGCAAACAUUGCAUUUUUGGUGCUAGAUUUUAAGUGAACAACUCCAUUACAUUUACGCAGCUGUUGUUUGGAAAAAAAAAAGGUUAAAAGUAAACCCUGUCUUUGAAUUCUUCCUAACUCCACACUGCUCCUCUAAGUCCACCUUCCUUUUAAUGGCUGUCCCUUAUAAAGAGAUUUGAUUUUCACCUGAGUGGAGCUUUGGAGUGUUGAAAUGACCUUAUUAUUGAUAUCUUCUUUUUGACAUAAAACUCUAAGAGUAGAGAAAUGUCCUGAAAUCGAGUAUUUAAAGCAGUCUGCAGGCUGAGUGGAAUCAGAAUCCUCUGAGCAGCUGUGUCCUGGGGAGAGAGGAGAGUGAGAGAAACAGAGGGAGUAGGAGUGGCAAGAGAGGAGGCGGCGGGGAAAAACACCACGCCCACACAAGGGCAGUUUCAGGAGGCCCAGCUAGGGCCGUAACACCCAGUCUGCAAUAUCUUUCCCAGAACAAACAGCAAUUACAAAAAACAUACUAAAAAUAAACCAA